CGAUUUCUAUGAUCAUAUGUUUUUUUAUGUUUUUGAACAAAUUCCACGCGAGUAAAUAUACUCAUCAAAUCAAAUAAUGUUGAAUCUUAUCCGGCCUACGUUUGCAAAUGUUUCUCUUCGAUUAUCACAACAAAACAUUCUUUUUCAACAAGUACGAGAAAAUGUUCGUUGGUAUUUUGAACGUUGUUCGGAGGUAAAACGUAUUCGUAAACAUGGAUGGAAGAAAAGAAUUUCGACACCAAGUGGCCGUCAGAUUAUUAUGCGUCGAAUAUUGAAAGAUCGUCAUGUUCUAUCCCAUUAAAUGUAUUUUUUAAAUUGAUAAUAAUAAUUAGAUAAUACCGAAAAAUAAUCAAAAUGUUGAAAUUUUGAAA